GGCACUGUUCAGCUGCCUGCUCUGGAUCUAUCAUCGGGGCAGAGCUUUCAACAGGCACGCAACGUUCAGGAAAAAGCAUUCUGUUGACUCUACUGCGAUCUUGCAUGUGGGCUCGUUCUUUGCACACUGCAAUAUACUAUGGACAAAGAAUUGGAACGACCAGAAGAAGAGUCGGAUACUGAGAUGCAAAUUCGUCCAGUCUGGCGAAUGUGGCCGACAAAGACCAUCAAGUACACCGCCAUACCGGGAGGGCAAUCUCAGUAUGCUGUUCGCUAUCGGAGGCAUGUGAAUGGAAACGUCGUAGUAACGGUGGUCGUUCUGCUACUCCUGACUUCAGCGUUAAGUAUUUGGGGCACCAUAUUGUGGCACUGGCAACGAUACGAGGAACUCUACAAACAUCGUAGACUGCAAGAAGAUAUGAAUGGGUUUGUCCCUAUGGUCUCCGAGAAAUCCGUUUUCUUCAUGAACGACGAGCGAUGGGAGUUUCUCGAGCAUCCAACCGAUCAACAGAGUGAAGCCUUGAUCGAACAAUGGGCAUCGCUUAUUCCCAAUGGCAGAGGCUUUGUAGAACUUCACAACAACAACACAGCAGCCAUGAACCUGCCACCGCCAUUGGUCCUGCACAACCGCAGUAUACACGGCAUCGCCGUAUUCCACCAACUCCACUGCUUGAAAGAGCUAGGGCAAGCCAUCACCGAGCUCACUCACGGUCGGCCCUUGAGCCAGGACUUGAAACAUACUUAUCAUUGCAUCGAAUACCUCCGCCAGGUUGUUCAAUGUACUAGCGAUACCACGCUCGAAGGGUUUGAUGUAACUCAUCCGAAUAAGUUUGCCACUACGGGUUGGGGAUCCACACAUGUAUGCAAAGACUUCGACGCUGUCUUCACCUGGACUGAACAGAACGCUCCCGAGUACGCGAGGGUCACCGCACACGGGUAA